AUGACUGUCCCUACGACGCAAGAUCGAAGUCGCUUCGAGACAACCAAGCGUCUCCUAGCCCAGCUCGUGAAUGAGGGGUUCGCAGUUUGCACCCUGAUUCACCAGCAGUUGAUCUUUCACAGUGCCAAUGGGGACAAGGAGUUGUGGAUUAGAGCCCACUGUCGCCAUGACACCUCGAUCAAUACCGAAGGGACUCGGGUUCUUCCACCUUUACGCCCGGAAUGCUUGCAACCACCCGUUCUUCUCGGCAAGGGAGAAUCGGGAACAGAGGUAUUGGAACCAGGCGCCAUAUUCCGUUUUAUUCUUCCUUGGUUUACACAUAGCGCGGAAGAGAGCUUUCUGGAGACAAUGGCGGCUCAGUUGCGGAGCACAGCUGAGAUGCAGGAGAAAUGGUUGGAAAUGAGCAAAUCUCGGCCUUUCCUCUCUCUACAUUCCCCAAUGAUCGCAUGGGAGCGUUCAAUAGUAUACGGCCAUCAAACCCAUCCGUUCCACCGAUCAUGCUGGGCUAUCCCACCCUUGAAGCCCGUCCUCCCAGAACACAUUCCAGAGAUGAUCGCCCCAUCCCUCUCGUUCGUUUCAAUCCCGCGCAAUGAUAUGCGCGUGACGGGUCCAUUCGAGACGACUCUCGAACCGCUCCUCCAGAAGCUAGAGAUCCCCAAGCCAACAGACGAAAAUACCCUGAUCGUCCCCUGCCUGACCCGCCAAAUCCCCGCCAUCCUGCACCACUUCGAGAACGCGACUGUCAUCGCAGAGCGAUCCUCCAUCGCCGACGCUCAGGCUUCACUGCGGACCGUAACCCUGCGCCCGGAACUAGAGUUCAACUACCACCUGAAGCUCGCCCUCGCGUGUCAAAUCACCUCUGCGGUUCGGACGGUAACACCCUGGACAACGGGGCAGGGACGCGCGAUAUCGGAUUUACUCGAGAGGACCCUCCCGGCGGAUCUGUGGGUGUUUAAAGAGAUAGCAGCCGUUUCGGGGCGUCAGGAGGACUUCCAUGCCGCGAAGCAUCUAAGCUGUGUGCUCCGGGAGGAUCUCGAGCCAAGAGCCAGGAUGGACAAUGAGACGUUGGUCGUUGCCGCGGCGCUGAUGGAGCGGCAUCCCGAGGAUGGCAAGACGUAUCCGGAGAGGUUAUUUAGUCUUGACACCAUCGAGGCGAGGAAGAAGUGGUUUCGGACAGCUAUGCUCCACCCGCUCGUCCACCACGGCAUCGGCCUCGAAGCGCACGCCCAAAACACCGUCGUCCGUCUCUGCACUGCAACAGGCAAGAUAAAAGGCUUCGCCAUCCGCGACUUCGGCGGCGUGCACUUCCACAAACCCACGCUCGGAGAGCAGGGCUUCCCCCUCGACUGGGAGAUCCCCGGUAGUCUCACCUUGACCGAUGACUUGAUCUCUGUGUGGAACCUGGCCAGCCACACGCUGCUCCAGUGCCAGGUGCCUAGUCUUUUGUAUGCGCUGAGGUUGGAGACGCAUGGAGGGUGGGGGGUCGUGAUGGAGGAGUUGGAUAGUGUCUUGCAGGGGUUUGGCGGCGAUGUAGCGAGGGGGUUGUUGGACUAUUUUUGUGAAGGGACGGUGGUUAUGAAGUCGUUUCUGAGGAUGCUUAUGGAGGGGAUGUAUCGUGAGAAUCCUAUUCAAGCUGCGGCAAUAAUCAUGUCGGAGCAGGUCGGGCUGCAGGUCGACUUGACCAACCUGCCUGUGAGCGCGAUCUCCAGUGCUACAGCUCUUCAGUCUCUCUUCAAGGCAAUAUCCGCCGAUAAUACGAAUCCUUUUGCUGUUCAACAAACCGAAGCACUGGGCUCCUGCUUUCACGCAAACGGGCCCUUCGCGGCGCGACUGCCCGACACUCUAGCACGCUCGUCAUCCACGCGCUUGAAUCGAAUAGGCGCUUUUAUCGGCUGGGAAAAUGGCGAUACCGCGUGCCAUAUGAGCCGUAGUCCGGGCGGUCGGUCAGCAUCACUGCUGUGCUGGGUGCUGGGCAAUCUUUAUGAUGAACACAAGUGUGGCGGGAUAUUACUAAAUCUAUGUAGCAAGCUUCUUCCGCCGGGACUGCACAAUUGCAGCGUGAAGCAGCUGGCAGAUGUGUCCAAGACCCUGGAGAGAAAACUUGCAUGUCUUGAGUUCGGCCAAUUUUUUCGCUGUCAAUCGGAAAGAUUGAGUCAGUGUUUCCAGGUCACGACUUCGAGCGUUCCCUUGGAUUUGACACAUACACCGACAGCGGAGACUAUGCAGGAGUUCCUCGUCUAUUUGCAUCAUGCAUUGCAGGACGAGAAUCUGACUCUCCGAUAUUGUGGGACUCGUAGCGCAGCGGUGCUCAUGAGCCUGGUCUUGAGUAUGUGCCCGGAAGAUACUCGCGUGGAGGUUGGGAACGAGGUGAUUCAGCAAGGACAAAGAGAGUCCGUCAUGUUCUGCGUUGAGAGCGACGAAAACAGUAGUACUCAUUUCUUUCUCGAGUCUACAGUCAGCUCUCACUCAAACGACUUUCAGAAGCGCUUCAUCCAGACGGAAUCAUCGGACUGUGGCUGCAACUACCACCUCAAAUUCGGCUGGGAGGGUUAUUUGACGAGUCAUCUUGGAAUCGCCCUCUGCAACAGUGGCGCUCAAACGACGCAGAGCUUGCCCCUACAACAGGCCAUCGCCAACCUCAUCGCCUCUGUCGCAGAGACGUUCACAGCCAAGCAUUGGUGUAGUAGUGGCACGCCUAAUUCUUCUGGUGACAACCGCAUCGCCAAAGAGGGUCUGAAGACCCUAAUGGGACCCAACUACCGUAGUAUCAUUACUCAUACUUUGGGAUCCUUACUCGUGCCACCGACUGAGUUCGCAGAUCCCCAUGACCGCUACGAGGACGUGCAGAGGGAGGUCGAACUCCGUGUGCCCUUGACCUUGUGCACGUGUCAAUUCUGUCGGCUGCAUGAGCCGUGGGAUGAGCGUAACUACCCGCAACAGCGAUUGAAGGUUAGUUCAACGCGCGCCUGGAAGACAUGCGGCGUGGCGCAAUUAUGGGCGGAGAUUGGCACCAUCGUGCAAAACGGUAUUCUCUGCCUCUUGGUUCGGCCACAGGAAAAUGUCGCCUUGCGUCUAUCCAAGCCCUCCACGGACAAGAUGCUACUGUAUACCAUCUGGAAAAGUCUCAAAAAUCGGGAUACAUGCGCGGGGGCAUCCGACUUUCACCGGGGGGUAAUGGGACUGGUGGAUCCCACAGUAAUCCGCCCAGAUAUCUUCAGCCACGAGGAUGGUGAAACCCCACCAGUCGUCUGUCGGAGUUCGGACAUGGCCACAAUCUUCCCAAACACGCUGCAAUACCCGCGAGUGACGAACCCGUGGACGGUCGAGUACCUCCUCGUGGAUGGCAGAUUGCAUUAUGGAUCCGACCGCUACAGUGCCCUCAUCUGCGCGGAGCCUAAAAAGGGGGCGUCGCGACGGCUCAAACGACCCAAAGCAGAGAAUUCGCUGGUGUCCCAGGGCAGUCUGGGUCGGGAUACUGGUAGAAAAAAGAAACUUGCCGGCCUUGGAAGACACCGCUCCUUUCAGAUGGCCUUGCGCUCGUAUGUGGUGCAACAAUUUCCCGUGCUAUUACUCCGUUCGACCAUUUAUCUCACGACCAAGAGCAUCGAUGUGAAUUUUCUGGAUCUUCACGUCGGACUCAUGGGUUUGUCUCCCGCGAUUGGGUGUGCUCACUACCCUCGCAGCCAUAGCGCCGAAGAUAUUGCUCUUCUGAGGCAAGCUGACGAUCCGCUGGCGUAUGUCAUUGCGACAUCGGUGUAUGCGCCGGUUCCAAAAUCUCGAGACAAGACAGUGUACGGUGUGACAUUGAGUAACUGGAGUGAGGAGGCGCAGUUUCUUUCUUGUGAAGCCGGAUACUCGGCGUUGUACCAGGGGGACUGUUGCUUGGCUUGUGCCGUUGCUCAGGCUAAGGUGGAGGGCAUCAAUUCUAUAAUUGGCGGGACGGCAUGA